GAUGUAUCGAUAUAUUUGUGUGAGCCGUACAUUUCGAUCAGGUGUUACAAUUUUUAACCAUCAUUAGUACGCACACAUAGAGCAAAGUAAUUAGUAAUAGUUUAUAACAUUCGAUUCCGUUAUCGCAUUAACUUUGGGUGCGUGCAUGUGUAGUUGUAAAGUGCUGUUUCUGUUUGCCCUUGACGGCACUGCAUACGCAUAUCGGUGGUGCUCUUCUGACACACACGAUACGCCAUUUUGGUCAGCAGAAUAUGCAAUGCGCGUUGCCAUAUCGUCACAGUGGAAUUUAAGAACUGGUCACACUGGCUGGCGUUGCGCGAGAGAAAUUGACAAAAUAUCCAAAGCAAUUAGCAAUUUGAGUGCAAAACGUUUUUUAUCUACGCGGAAAGUUUAGUAAUGCCAUAAAAUUCGCUGGGCACGCUUGUCGUUCGUAUUGUGUAGCCGACUGAUAUGAUACAAUGAUUGUGAUGCGACGAUGAGCCAUUCGUAUGUGUUUCUUUCUAUGUGGUGUACAAAUAUUAGAGCUCGAGAGCUGCUAAUUAAAUUAUAAACAUACAGAAGCGUUAAGCAGUCGUCAACCGAGCCAGAGCCAGAGCCAAACCCACGACCCCAAACUAGCUGCGCUGCUUUGGCCCAUUUUCAUUUGAACUAAGACGAACAAGAAGCAACAGCAGAAGGAGACGAAGCAGCUUUCACCAAAUUCGAAUCUAGUUUAACCUGGCGGUAGCCGCUGCUCCUUGCAGCAUGUAGAACAAGGCACAAUAAAAACAAUAUUUACACACGCGUAUUACUGCAAGACGAAGGAAGAGCAGCAGCUGUAGAAAGUUGAAGAAGCCCCAAAAUGUCCUUCAUAACGAACCUGAAGAAGGUCUUCCACCUUGGCGGCGGUGGUGAGGCCAAAAAGAAACGCCUGUACAAUAACAUCAAAAUGGACACCGAUCCAAAGGAAUUAUGGGAAAUGGUCGGUGAACUGGGCGAUGGUGCCUUCGGCAAGGUCUAUAAAGCCCAGCACAAGGAACACAAACGCUUUGCGGCCGCAAAGAUGUGCACGCUUGAGGAUGAGGAAAAUCUGAGCGAUCACAUGGUCGAAAUCGAUAUACUCUCGGAGAUCAAGCAUCCAAAUAUUGUCGAACUCUACGAGGCAUUCUCUAUAGAUGACAAACUGUGGAUGCUUAUUGAAUAUUGUGACGGCGGCGCCUUGGACAGCAUUAUGGUGGAGCUGGAAAAGCCACUGACAGAGCCACAAAUCGCCUAUGUUUGCAAACACAUGACCGAGGGCCUCACAUUUCUGCACAAGAACAAGGUCAUACAUCGAGAUUUGAAGGCCGGCAAUGUGCUGCUCACCAUGGAAGGUGGCGUCAAGCUGGCUGAUUUUGGUGUGUCGGCCAAGAAUAAACACACAAUGCAAAAGCAUGAUACGUUUAUUGGCACGCCCUAUUGGAUGGCACCGGAGCUGGUGCUCUGCGAAACGUUUCGCGACAAUCCAUACGAUCACAAGGUGGACAUUUGGUCACUGGGCAUAACACUCAUUGAACUGGCGCAAAUGGAGCCACCCAAUAGCGAAAUGUCGCCCAUGCGUGUGCUGCUCAAGAUACAAAAGAGCGAACCGCCCAAACUGGAGCAGCCAAGCAGAUGGAGCAAGGAAUUUAAUGAUUUUCUUAAAAAGUCUUUAGUCAAGGAUCCACAGCAGCGUCCCUCCACGGAAGUGUUGCUGCAGCAUGGUUUCAUCAACGGCAAUUUGGAUGCAAAGCCAAUUAAGGAUCUGCUGCUCGAGUACAAGGCCGAGGUUGUCGAGGAGGUCGUCGAUGAUGAGGCUGAGGAACCCCGCAACUCGGCGCUCCAGCUCGACCUGGACGAUGACUCUGCUUCGCUGCAGAGCCAAGACAUUGAUAAACUUCCAGGUACACCUACAUCCAUAUCGCGGGAUUCCAAAGAGCAAUCCCAACCAAGUAGCAGUCUAUCAACAGCAGCAGCUGCAGCAGCAACUGCAACUGCAACUGCAACAACAGCAACAAAUAAAGCAACAACAUCAGAAAAACCAAACCAGAUCAAGGAGGAGCAUGCGCCGGGAGUGGCCGAAACAGCAGCGCCGCAUACCAAAGUGCCCGCACCAGCGCCGCCAACGCCACCAGCGCCACAAAAACAACAGCAACAACAACCACAAGCAGCUGCUGUGCUGCACAAAUCAAGUGAAGACGUUGCAGAAACAAAUGAAAAGUCUGACGCAGACAAAAAACAGCACUUUGUCAAAAAGGAGAAGGGCAAAGCGCCUCCACCGCCAUCAGCAGUCGCUGCAGCUGCUGUCAUAGCUGCCAGACCACAGAGCUCCCCUACAUCGGAUGCGGAGGCAACAUCAUCGCCCAAGAAGCUGCAGGAACCCACAGCCGCCAUUGAAGUGAGCAUUGGUCAGGAUGCUGUGGAGUCUAAACCGCAGCCGCCCUCACCGACCGCUUCUUCCAUCAUAUCCGUGCAGUCGGUGGCCUCCACGGGCAGCAGCUCGGGCAGCGCUACGGGCGCUGUGCUCAGCUCUAGCACCUCGCUGAUAACCAUCAACAGCAGCGAUGCUUCGCCGGCGCCGCGUCAGCAGCAGUCGGUGCCGCCGCCACCACCGCCAACGCAGCAUUUGGUGCUGCCGAACAGCCUGGAUUCGGUUAGUCAAAUCACAGUAGUGACGAGCACCCAUCCGCCGGUGAUUAUUGACAAUUCACAACAGCAGUCGGCGCUGCCGCUGGCGCAGAAUGAGGUCAUCAUUGUGUCGAAUGAUUUGAAUAAGAGCACGCAUUUGCAUGAGUCAUCCACUGACGAGGAUUUUCCAUCGCUGGAUGACAGUCUCGGGGAUCAGGUUAAGCAAUCAUCCAUGAUACUAACAGUAAAUGAGCAUCAAGAUGGCAGUGCAGGUGGGGCAUCUUCUGCAGCAGCUGUUCAUGCUCGCAAGCUGGACGAGAGCGAGGUGCUGAUUGUGAGUCCGUCAUAUGCGGACGACGAUUCGGCAUAUAACACGGCAUCGGGUAGUCACGAUCACAGCGAUCAGCUGCUGCUCAUGGACACCAGUCACGUGUCUGUUGUCACAGUUGGCGAUGAGGUCAUUAAGGUCAAGGACAGUAGCCAUCAGCAGCCCAGCGAUGGCGGCAGCGGCAAGCAACAGCAGGCCAAUGGCGUUGUGCCCGAGGAUGUGAGCAUCAUUGUGAAUCGCUUUAAGCCUGGCCAGGAACAGGAGAAACGCAUCUCGCCCGACAGUAGCCUAGGCUCCGGGUCGAGCGAGAACGGCUCCGUGCGCGGCAGACGCGGCGUUGAAGUGCAGAUAACCAGCGGGGGCGGCGGCGGCGGUGGCGAUGCGGACAGCAUUGGCACCAACACUAGUCAGGACAGUCGCAACGAGGUGGAUAACAAGCAGUCGCAUGGAUCGAUGUUGCCACCACCACCUCCGUCGGUGACCAAUAAUAGCAACUUACAUCAUCAGCGGCUGGCGCUGGCCAUUGACGAGGAGGAGGAGGCGGACGUGGUGGUCAUACGGCAAAAGCCGCGCGUACCCGCAGCCAAAUCCUCCGGCGUUGGUGGACUCACUAAGGAAGAGAUCGAACUGCGCAAUUUACGCAAAAAGACGCGCAAACGUACGCGUAAAUUCGAAAUUGAUGGCGUGCAGAUGACCACAACGACCAGUCGGGUCAUCUAUGGCGAUGAGGAGAACGGACGUAUCUAUGAUGAUCACGAUUUCCGCAAGCAGGAGCUGCGCGAACUGAAAAUGCUGCAGAAGCAGGAGAAGAAACAGCAAACCGAGCUGCAUGUCAAGGAACAGAUGGCCAAGGAGCAGCAGGAUCGUCGAUUUGAGCAGGAGCGCAUCUCGCUGGAAAAGACAUACGAAGCGGACAUGGAUACGCUGGCGCGUCAGCACAAGCAGCUGGUCGAGAAAACUGAACAGACGCAGGAGAAUGAGCUGCGCAGCUCCUCAAAACGCAUACGCUCCGAGCAGGAGCAGGAGCUAAAGAUUUUCCGCGAAAAUCUUAAGCAGGAGAUACGCCUGCUCAAGCAGGAAGUCGAUCUGUUUCCCAAAGAUAAGCGCAAGGAUGAGUUCAAGCAGCGCCGCACAGCCAUGGAGCUGGACCACGAGGAGAAGGAGCGCGCUUUCCUCGACUCACUUAAGGAGCGUCACGAGCUGCUGCUGCGACGGCUCAGCGAGAAGCAUCGCGAUCAUUUGGCCACCAUAAAUCGUACUUUCCUGCAGCAGAAACAGAAUGCGAUGCGUACGCGCGAGGCGCUGCUCUGGGAGCUAGAGGAGAAGCAGCUUCACGAACGCCACCAACUGUCGAAGCGACAUGUCAAAGAGCUGUGCUUCAUGCAGCGACAUCAAAUGAUCAUACGCCACGAAAAGGAGCUGGACCAGGUUAAGCGCAUGCUGCAGCGCAAGGAGGAAGAUCUCCUCAAAAAACAAACGCUCGAGAAGCGCGCUCUGCCCAAGCGCAUUCGAGCCGAGCGUAAGGCGCGUGAUCUCAUGUUCCGCGAAUCCUUGCGCAUAUCCACAAAUCUCGAUCCGGAGAUCGAGCGUGAUCGCUUGAAGAAGUUCCAGGAGCAGGAGAAGAAACGUUACAUGCAGGAGGAGCGUCGCUUUGAGGUCAAGCAUCAGAAGCAAUUGGAGGAGUUGCGUGCCACGCGUGAAAGCGCCAUUAGAGAACUGGAGCAGCUGCAGAACGAGAAGCGCAAGGCUCUCGUUGAGCAUGAACAUGCCAAGCUCUCCGAGAUCGAUGAGCGCCUGAAGGCCGAGCUGCGCGAUUGGCGCGAACAGCUAGUGCCACGCAAACAGCGACUGAAUGUCCUGAUAAGCGCUGCCAUUGAUGAGCACGAGCGGCGUCAUGGCCUGGUGGCCAAUCGGGGCGAGUUCGAGAAUCUUGAGGUGGAGCUGCCGUUGCGGCUGCGCGGCAUAUUUAAUGAAAGAUCUGCGCGUUUGUUGCCACGCAACACGUUCAUCGAUGUGCAGCAGCUGCCGCGUUCGCGUUCGUCCCUACUAAUGCUGGGCGGUGGCAGUGGGCGUGGCAAUUUUAGGGGCUCAGCGCCCGAUCUGAGCCGCAGCGUGCCAAGCACGCCCAUAAUGCAUAAGCAGCAGCGUGCCCAGAUGCGCAGCGAACUGGUGCUGCCGGAAGAGGAUGACGGCGAGGAGCAAAUGAAGCGUGCCAGCGUGGCUACCAUGCCGGGCCCAAGUCAGUUGCGUUUAAUUACGCAAAUGCCAAGCGCGGCGCCCAAUGAGCUGGUCAAGGUGGUAACCAGCACGCCGCAGCUAAACAGCGCCGAGGAGGGCAAUGCCAAGCCAGCGAUGAGUACAUUCAAGCAGACAACUCCGCCGCCACCAAAGACGCCCGAAGAGCUAGGCCUGGUGGCGAAUCGCUUCGGUCGACCUGAUGUCAACGAUGCGCCCGUGGAGCUGCGCAUACACGAGGGUCCCGUGCUGAGGGCCCAUACGCAGCGCCUGCUGCACUCGACCUCGUUUGCCAUCAAGCGUCCGUCGCUGGCCAGCCGCAGCAGCGGACGUUCCUCGCUGAGCAGCGCCCAGUCCAUGUAUAACAUGCAUGAGCUGAGCACCUCGACGCGUUACUGCAGCGAUGCCGAAUUGAUAUUCGAUGCGGGCCGCAAGGCGGCCGCCUUGCUGGAUGAGGUGCAGCCGCAGCUCCGCUCCACGCUGAAGCCCACACACAAUGGCAGCGUCACGGAUGAUUUCUAUCACGAUUUGUAUGCGGCCAAGUACAGGCUGCCGCGCAUUAACCAACGUCAGCUUAGCCUGGACGAGGACACCUCGGCCGCCUAGGCGCCCCACCAGCUGCGCCUAAUGCAUACUUAAAAACAACAAAAUACCAAAACUCUAAACUCUACGCACUCGCCUCAUUUAAGCAGCGUCUCUUAACACACUUUACUAACUAAACUGCGCUACAUUUUCCCUUCCCUCUACCCUGUAUGCUUUUGGUGCUUACUACACACACACACAUACACAUACACACAUAUCAUAUUAACUAGACUAUAAAUAAUUUCGGACUAUUCUUGAAAUCCUUUCCUUUUUCCCCCUUUUCGAAACGCUGUCAAUUGCCAUAACAAAUUUUUUGCCAAAGUUUUUUUUGUUAAUUAAAAAAUUGUUUGCUUAUUUAUUAUGCCAAAUAUUAAAUUGUUUAGUUAAGCCAAAGCCCGCGUCCUACCCCCGCAACCGUUGCAUUCCGUAUAGCAGUAUUAUAUAAUGCAGACCGUACUUAGACCAAAAUAAAAGAAUAAAAAUUUCAUAAAUUAAAAUAAAUUAAACGCUGUAAAAUAAUACUUAUGAAACAUGCCAAGCAUAUACACUUAAUUACUUUAAUCAUAUAUGUAUAUGUAUGCAUUGAUAUUCACUUUCAUGAUGCUUCACUGUACACACACAUACAUCACAACAACAACAACAACAACCACAACAACUACGCGCUGCUUUUCAUAU